GUCCAUGCAGUAUGACUGUGCAGUGAAAUGCUGAUUUGAGGAGGGGCUGGGAAACUGUAGGCUGACCCUCCUUCAGAGCAGAGGACUAACACUAAGACUUCCUCUGCUUCAGGGCGCGGCUGUGAUUCUAAACUUUCACAUUUUCAGACAUCCGAGUUCAGAUGAGCUGAUUCCAGACGGAGAGACAGAAACCAGGUGGUAACAAUGACGACUAAGAAGCUGCUCAUUGAAACACUGAACCAGUUGAGUCCAGAGGACUUUGCUGAGUUCAAGUCAAUCAUUGAAGUGGAUAAAAAGUUCACAUUCUUCUCAAAGAGGGAACUGAAAGCAGGAAACACGCAGGAUGUAGUGGAGUUGAUGGAGAAGACGUACGGGCGAGGGUGUGUGGAGGAGACCAGAAAGGCUUUAAUGAAGAUGAGCAGAACUGAUCUGGUGCAGAGAUUAUCAGACAAACAGUUUCCUGCACUGAGUCAGAGAGUAGAAACGAUGGAGUCUCUUAUUGAGCUACUUUUGGAAACACUGGCUGAUCUGAGUGACAGCGAGUUUGAGGACCUCAAAGAGAUCCUCAGGAGGAACUGUGGCUUCUUACAACUGAUGGAGAUAGAGGAGUCAGACCUGCAGGACACAGUGUUUUCAAUGGUGCAGACUUAUGGCCACCAGUCAGUGAAGAAGAUCAUGGAGCUGUUAAAGGAUAUCAGUAGGAGUGAUCUGGCUCAGAGGCUGUCAGACUGCAGCUCAGAACCUAAAAAAAAACAUCUGGAUGAACAUCUGUCUGCACUGAUCCACAAAGUUGCAACAAUGGCAGCUGUUAAAGAGCUGCUUUUAGAAACACUGCAGGAUUUGAGUGAAAAGGAUUUCUGGGAAUUCAGGUGGUUUCUGAAGUUCACGUGUUUUCAGAAGAGUGUUCCACAAAUCAGUCUGAAUACAGACGCAGCACAAAUCGUGAACCAUUUAAUGGAUAAACUUGGUCAGCAGUCUGUGGAGGUGAUCAUGGAGGUUUUGACAAACAUGAUGAGAACUUAUCUGGUGCAGAGGCUGUCAGAGAGCAGCUCAGGACUCAAAGCUGCAGGAACAUCAGCUGAAGGAUUUGAUGUGGAGGACACAGAGAGAGAGAAACACUCUGAGGAUGAACGUUGGCCUGCACUGAUCCACCAAGUAGAAACGAUGGAGUCUGUUAUUGAGCUGCUUUUGGAAACUCUGGCUGCUCUGAAUGACCAGGAGCUCAAAGAGUUCAAGCAGGUCCUGGAACAAAUUCAUCAUCUCAGAUAUAAAUAUUAUUCAGACUUCCCACGGAUGUUGCACAUGAGGACAGACCUGCAGGACACAGUGUUUGUAAUGGUGCAGACUUGCGGCCAACAGUCAGUGAAGAAGACCAUGGAGCGUUUAAAGAAGAUGAAGAGGACUGAUCUGGCUCAGAGGCUGUCAGACUGCAGCUCACUGCCUAGAAAGAAACACUCUGUGGAUGAUCGACGCUCUGCACUGAUCCACACAGUGGCAACAAUGGCAGCUGUUAAACAUCUGCUUUUAGGAACUCUUAAUGAUUUGAACUACGAGGAGUUCGAGGAAUUUCAGAGGUUCCUACAGAUGAUUUUUCCGAUGAUUAGGCCGAAUCUGUUUCCUUGGAGUUCUCAAUGUUCAUUAGACGGAUUUGUGGCUCUGAUGGUGGAUGAACUUGGUCAGCGGUCUGUGGAGGCGACCAGGAAGGUUUUCUUGUACAUGAAGAGGACUGAUCUGAUACAGAAGUUAUCAGAGAGCAGCUCAGGAUCCAGAGAGAAACUCUCUGUGGAUGAAUAUGAAGCUGCACCGUGGAAGAGAGAAGAAGAGCUGGAAGCUGUGAGACAGAUUCUCUUUGAAACACUGAAGGAUUUGAGAUUUGAGGAUCUCAACAAAUUCAGGCUGUUUCUGAAGUUCACGUGCUUCAAGAUGGGCCUGCCACAAAUACAGACAUAUAGAAACACAGCAGAAGAACUAGUGAAUCAGAUGGUGGAUAAACUUGGUCAUCAGUCUGUGGAGGUGAUCAUGGAGGUUUUAACAGACUUGAAGAGAACUGAUCUGGUGCAGAGGCUGUCAGAGAGCAGCUCAGGACUCAAAGGACGAGAAACUGGAGGAAGUUCAGAGUCUGAGGAUUGUGGAAGUGUGAUGCAGGACUCCAGUGACUGGACUAAACUUGAACCUGAGGUGAACGGUACAGAUGCAGACGAGGCUCCAACUUACAGCCUUCAGUCUGAAGAAGGACACUUUGAAUGCAGUGUCUCUGGCUUGCGCUGGGUCUGUAAGGAAAAGGCCAGCUUUCAGUACCAGUUUGGUUCUUGGGAGGGACACAUGGAGAGGAUGGAAAGCAGAGGAUACAUGCCUGCAGGUCCCCUGAUGGACGUCACAGUCACUGCUGGGAAGCUAAAUGAAGUUCACCUGCCACACUGGAUCUGCACAGAUGACAUCCCUGACAUACUGGACAAGUUUGCAGUCCUUCACAUAGAUGACUGUGGAGAUGUUGUGGAGAAAGUGUCUGAGGUCACACCAUCACAUGUCAAGUUAAUGGAGCCAAAUUUCUCUCUAAUAGGAGCUCUGAUAAGUUUCUUCUUUCCUCCAAAAAUCAACUGUUUUAUGCUGAUGUACUAUAAACCCAACACAUCAUUCCUCAAACUCCACGUUUAUCCAAUGCGACAGGAUCCUGCUCUGGAACAGAGAAUAGACAAGGAUGAGACCUCAGAUGGAUACAAAAGGCUCAAAAAGCCACACCCAGACAGAUACCUGCAAACUGAACAUGCUUUCAGCCUCAGAGCCGACAUGGAAACAGCAGAAAUCCAACCAGAGGAGUUAACCUUCAGAUAUAACAGCCUGAACUUCUAUGAAGUGUACAUUAAGGAUCCAGAGGAAGAACUCAACCUUACCCUCGUAGACUCAAAUGAUGGUGAACCAGAGCAUGAACCAGUUUGGAAGUGCAAAAUUCAUACAAAUGAUUAUUCAGCAUCUGGCUGUGUUGAAGGCAAACACUUUGUGGAUGAACACAGACGCGACCUGAUCCGGAAAGUUAAGAACAUCUUACUCAUUUUGGAUGAGCUCCAUGACAAUGACGUUAUCAGCCAAGAAAAUUAUGACAAAAUUAGAGCUCUGCCUACCUGUCAGGAACAGAUGAGGGAGCUCUACAAGAUUUCCCUGAAUGCUGAAAAAUCCAAAGACAUCUUCUAUGAGGUUCUUUCGGCAAAUGAGAAAUUUCUCGUUGAAGAGCUCCAUGCAAAGAAGUAAAAUAAAAAAACAAACAAACAAAAAAAAAUUUUAGACCCAAUCGAUAUAAUCCACCUGGACAUGUUUACUUGAAAAAAGUAUUUUCUCUGUCGGGGUUUUAUAAAAGUUGUUAUGCUGUGUAGUGCCUUUGCUCACCUGUGAGUCUCCUUUAACUGUUAUAUGAAACACUUUGAACAUUUUUACAUGUAAAUAUGUAUCAGUUAAAAAUGAAUUAAUGAUGUCAUGUUUUUAUCCAUCUGUCAGCCAAAGGGUCUGUUUUUGAAUUUAAUCGUCUUCUGUAACAUAAAACAGAAUGAAAAGAUUUAUUAUCCUUAAUAAUAAACCUAAACUUAAACUUU